AUGCUGACGCAUGUUUCAGUGGUAGCGGUGGAUUCGGUUCGUGUGUGCGAACUGUCGCCGUCCACCGUGGAAUUCACGACACGCCAGAAGAUCCCGCGCCCUCCCAACGCCUUCAUGAUCUUCGCCAACGAAUGGCGCAAGAAACUGGCUGUCAACUACCCGCGCGAGAGCAACAAGGACAUCAGCGUCCGGCUCGGUGCAAUGUGGAAAUCAAUGACCAAGGCCGACAAGGACCAGUACUUCGCCCAAGCUAGGCAAGUGGACGCUGAACACAAGCGGAAGUACCCGAGUGAGUACACACUUCCCAUUAUAUAA